CCAAUCAGACGAGAGCUAACUCUGAGGCUGAGAGGGCCCGCAGGAUGGACGGUGGCUGUGGGGAAGUGACAGACAACAGCGGGGAUCGGAAAUGGGAAACGGGAUGGUCCUUGGGGGACCCCACCCAGAGAGGGGAGCCUGCCAGGGCGCUGUGGGUGACCAAAGGGCCUGCCUCGAGAUGGGCGGGCCUUCCCUCCGACCACCCCCGAGCCAGCCGUUCCCGCAGCAGCACCUUCUCCUGCGGCACCUGCGGGAAGAGGCGGGAGGAGGGCUUGGAGGAGCUGGAGCGGGGCCCUCGCGGCGGGGAGGGAAACCGGCGACCGGGAGCACUGCUGCCACCUAGUGGGACACGCCUGUUAUUUCUCCUGGCUCCCAACCCCAGGGUCAUCCUCCGCGGAGCGCUAAGGGACACCCCCAUGCCCUUGAAUCUGGGGGCACAGGCAGAGGGUUGCCUCAGAGAGGAAAAUGCCCGGCCCUGGGAAGUGUGCGUCGCCCACAUGACUUUGCUCCUCUGUGCCUUGGUUCCCUUUUCAGUAUAUGGAGGACAGGCUAGCUGCGAUGGGUAACGGAGUCCAUGUCACAGUGGAUGGGGCUGGGGGGUCACUGGAAGUGUUUAUCCCUGCCCCUCCCCCCAGGAAAGACGGUGCCUGCUACAUAAGGCACCUCUCCUUAGUCCCAGCUUCCAGCAAGCUUGUCCCGGGUCCCUCCUAGUUCUAAAUGUUGGGACUGUCCCGUUACUGUUUUAUCACUGGCAUCGCCCCAACGGUGAAGGCCCUGGGCAAGGGGGGUCCUAAAGUGUCUUCUGAUGCGGGGACUUGGGGGAAGGGUCCCAGCUCCCAGUGCUUUCUCUCGCCCCUCACCGCAGAGCUCAUGCUCAGAAUGACCCCAGGCUAUGACGUCACAGAGCCCCCAACCCUGUCCCAGGAGCGGAAGGGUCAUGAGGCUGCGGCAGUGGGCGUGGGCAUGGGCGUGGCUGGCUGGGCUGGCGGCCGUGGAAACAGCACCCAGCCAGGAGAGCACCAACACCUUGGCUCGGGGAGCAGAGUCUCUGUACUUCAUAGACAGACCCGACUUCUUUGAUUACCCAGACUCAGACCAAGCCAGGCUCCUGGCUGUGGCCCAGUUUAUUGGAGAGAAACCGGUCAUCUUUGUUAACUCAGGAUCCACCUCCGAUUUCUUCCAUCACAUCUUGGUGGGCGCCCUGGUAGUGGCCUUCUUCUUCCUGCUUUACCAGUUCUGCACACACAUGAGCUGUGAGAGAGGGGCCUGAGGAGCCGCACAAGGGCCCGGGACUCUGCCCUGAGUGCCCAAACCCACCCUCCUCUCCUGCUGAUGAAUAAAAGUCUACUUUUUCCUUCCCUGACUGCUCCGUAACUAGGCA